AUGACCUUCAAGGAAGCAGAUGAGGACGACACGGUAGAGAGCGGGGAUGACCAGCAAUCGCCAUUGCAGGAGGCUGCUACCACCGGCGACGUCGCUACCCUCCAAGCCCUCAUUCGCUUCGACGCCGACGUCAAUGAGGCUCCUCAUGGCUACUACGGGCGCACAGCCCUACAAGCAGCGUGCGAGAAUGACCAUCUGGACUGCGCUCGCGCUCUCCUCGAAGCCCAUGCCGACGUCCAUGGCCAGGUCGGCAACAAUCGCAGUCGGAGCGCCCUAGCUCUCGCGGCCGCAACAGGCAACCUCGCUCUCGUGGCGCUGCUUCUGAAGCAUGGCGCCAAGGUCAACGAUCCAGCGGAGCGAUACUACGGGCGCACAGCACUGCAAGGGGCCGCGGAGACAGCGAGUGACGACGUCGUGAGGAUGCUGCUGGAUCGAGGGGCCGACGUCGAUGCCAAAGGCGCCUCGACCAGCGGGGUGACUGCCCUCCAAGCAGCCGCCGCUUCAGGGUCCACGACGUUGGUCGCAUUGCUUCUCAGCCAUGGCGCCGACGUGAACGCGGCCCCGAGCAAGUACAAGGGACGGACGGCACUGCAAGCUGCAGCUCUCGCUGGGCACAUCGACGUGGUGGACCUGCUGCUUCAGGCUGGAGCGGAUGUGAAUGCGCCAGGGAGCGACUUCAAAGGCGGCAUGGCGUUGCAUGCUGCGGCAGAGAGAGGCCAUGUGGACAUUGUAUCACGCCUGUUGAGUCACGGCGCUGAGGUGAACGCGGUGGCAGGCUGGGGAGGGCAGACGGCCAUGCAAGGUGCAGCCGCCGCAGGGCACGAUGAUGUCGUCGAGUUGCUUCGACAGGCUGGCGCAGUCGGUGGGCUUGGUAGGGGCGUUCUGCUGUUUGAAUAG